AUGAACCCAUCGGAAGAAAAGGGGGCGCCACGCUAUGACUAUGUCUCCGGAUUCGGAUCAUUGGCCAACUUUAUGGCCAGUGAUACGGAUCACAGUCCCCUUAUUUAUAGGCGCUUCGAUAAACUCGCUAUUCGGGAUCUGAUAUAUUAUCAGAGCCAGCUAUCCCAACUUCAAGCCGAGCAAGAUGAAUUUGAUAUCCAUGACAGGAUAAUUGUCGACAGCACUGGUGAUAGUGGAGAAGAGCAUCGCGACAUGAUCCGAGAUUGCGCUCAAGACUGGAAUACUUUUCAGCAUGCCGCCAUCGGGCUUCCCUACACCUUACCGGCUCAGGGGUCCGCAACCGAUAGUCUCAGUCAUGCUAACCAGCGGUGGGAGAAGAGAAUGGACCUCGCCAUGAGAAUACGCACGACUCUGAAAGAUUACCGUGAAGCCUUGAUACAGCAAUCGACUCUGCUUUCCAUGCCAGCCCCGUCCACACAGACAAUGAAGGCGAUGUCUCGCUAUUUUCACGGGUCGAUACGGUCAACUCCCGCUGGCAUCGUCAAUGGUUCAGCAGCUUACUCUAUCCUCUCUGGAGCCAGCUCCUCACUUUAUCCGCUCAACAUGAGCGAGUCGCAAAUCCGGGCUUCGGACUAUGUAUCUCUAUCAAAACCAACUGAGCCCGACGUCCUCACCAACUUGCUACGAACACGACUCCCACGAAUAUUCAGAACGAAACCACCGCCUUUACUCCCUCUCCAUCACGCAGGGCGACCUCAACCGACCAUAUCCCACCUCUCGCCCGCCCAGAUGAAGUACUAUUCCUAUGAGCGGGUCAGGCUCACCGCCUCUUUCAUCACUACUCUAGCGGCAGCCAUCCUGCUCUUUGUUCCCAUCUAUACGCUCUACAACACGUCUAAGUCGCAGCCGUCUCUGACGUUGGCUUUGAUUGCGAUGUUCACAGUGAUUUUCGCAGGAUCUUUGGCGGUAAUGACGACUGCCAGCCGGUCGGAGAUUUUUGGCGCGUGCGCGGCAUAUUCUGCCGUCCUUGUGGUAUUUAUCAGUGGUGACUUCGCUUCUGGUGGAGGUGGCGGGUAG